GCUUUAGACCUGAGUUAGACAAACCAGUCUGACAACAAGGGCAGCACCAGCCUCCCUCAGCGGGAGAGGAGAAGGGAUUAACUUCGCAGGGCAUGCCGGGAGGAAACCUUACUUUCAGGCGAAGGCGGCCGAACGCUUUCAAAGACACCUUUUCCCGCCUUUUCUUUGAUUGGCUGAAACGCGUCGAGAGUUUCUUUCCAUUGUCUCUUUCGCCCCGCGGCCCGUUCUGAUUGGAUGGCUGUCCUCGCUGUAUGCAAAUAGGGCAAAAACGGCGCGCUCUUUCAGUAGAAGAAGGAGGAAGAGGCCCUGGGUCCGUUGGAGCGUUUCUGUCCCAAGAAGGAGCUGCGGGCGGCGGGACGAUGAGCUGCUGGAUGAUGCCCGGAGUGCAACCAGGGUCCCCUCGCAAGGCCCGCGGCCAGAUCCAGGUCAUCUUUGGACCCAUGUUCUCUGGGAAAAGUACUGAACUCAUGCGCCGGGUCCGACGUUUCCAAAUUGCACAGUACAAGUGCCUGCUGAUCAAGUAUGCUAAGGACACACGUUACUGUGUCAAUGGAGUCUCCACGCAUGACAGGAACACCAUGGAAGCUGUGUCAGCUUGUUGCCUGAAAGAUUUGCAUCAAGAAGCUCUCAGCUCUGCUGUGAUUGGCAUUGAUGAAGGCCAGUUUUUUCCAGAUAUCGUUGAGUUUUGUGAGACAAUGGCCAAUGCAGGGAAAACUGUCAUUGUGGCAGCCCUUGAUGGGACCUUCCAAAGAAAGGCAUUUGGCAACAUCUUGCAACUAGUUCCCUUAGCAGAAAGUGUGGUGAAACUGAAUGCUGUCUGCAUGGAGUGUUUUCGUGAGGCAUCGUAUACCAAGAGGCUGGGAGCAGAGAAGGAGGUGGAAGUGAUAGGCGGGGCAGACAAAUAUCAUUCUGUUUGCCGUGUUUGCUACUUCAAGAAACGACCGCAGCAGCCAACAUCUGAAAACAAAGAGAACCUACCAGGUGGAAAUAACCAGUUGGAUCCUGCUGUUUCCCGGAAAGCCUUGGCUGUUCGUCAGAUCAUGCACUGGAGUCCCUCAAAUUGAAUAAAGGAAGCAAGAGACCAUUUGUUCAGUGGACUUAAACAGGAAAGCAAUUCUUUUCUGGCUCUAUACUGUUUAAACUGUGUUGUUGCAAAGGACCACACUAGUAAAAGAAACCAUCUAUUUCUGCAAGAGAAAAAAGGCUGGAGCACAAUACCAUAGGCUUUGGGAUUUAGGUGUUUGGUGCUGAAAACUGCUAUUUGCUGAUGGUGCCUUGGCCUCUAGGGGGAGGAUUUCUUAAUGUUCUAUAGAACUGCUAUUUUUUCCUCUUGCACAAACCUCCCCUGCAGUGUUUACUUCUGAGUUUAAUUGCCAUAGCACUUUUGGACAGAUAACACCUUUUACUGUUUCAUAUUGAGAUCAGGACGCUACUCUCAACCUGUGGUUUCCUUGAACACAGUUUAAGUUAGUUUCUCUCAACUCUUGGCGUUUGUGCAAUAGCAUUUGAUAAUGUAGCAUGGAUUUUACAUCCAUGCUCUAGUUCUGUGCGCCUUCCUUACAAUUUACAGAAUGACUAGGAGGGCUGGAGAAGAUGAACCCUUUCCUCAGCUGCAACCUUUAAUAUUGCUUUUAAGUGCAAGAGCUUAACUCUUAGUGUACAGGUAGACGUUGGACAACAACAAAUACUUAAGACAUUGGCUUUAAAAGUCGUUAUUUCCCUACAGGCCUUCCCUUCCUAAUUUAUUUAGACUUGCUGGUAACAUCAAUCAUGUCCACUGUUUAUGCAACUAUCCCCAAGCUGCCUACUUCUGCCAGAUUAAUCUUACUGUUGCCUGCUUUUUUGAUGAAUGCUAACUCUGUAUUCUCUUUGACAAACACUUAGGCAUUUGCACUUAAACAUGUUCUAGGGUUACUCCUCUGCAAUUCCAUUUCCUCUGAGGGUAUGAUGUGCUGUGCAUGCCUCUAUGGGUUAUUAAAAGUGUUUUUAAGUAAUGCUGUCUUAAUAAAUAAGUUAAUAUUAAA